UGUGGCCUUACCAUCCCUUCAACCCCGAAAGCCUGAUUUCCCCACUUUCCCAGAGGUCAGGACAUGAAGGUGGACAAGUGCAGGGGACAGGAGAGGGUCAAGGAGCUAAUGACUGGGGUAGAUUCCCAGUUGCCAAAGGCAUUAAGAGACAGUAGCCAGCAGGAAAGGAACUCUAUGAGGGAGUGAGGAGGGACAGCAGUGCCCUCAGGAUCUGGGGACCCACUGGGGCUGUCUCCGCCUCCUUUCCUUCCUCCUCUGCUUUCCCCACCCUGUGCGUGCUGGCCUGUGGAGCCAAAGCCACAGUUAACUAACUUCCUGGACACAACCACCUCGGCAGCUUUUAGCCCAUUCACUAGGCGGCACAUCACCCACCUGCAGCCAUGGGGAGUCAUCAGGAUUUCCGGAGCCUCCAAGCCAAGUUCCAGGCCUCUCAGCCACAGCCCAGUGAACUCCCCAAAAAACAUCCAAAGCCUGAAUUCAACAAAUUCCCAAAGAAGUUUUUGUCGCCGGAAUUUACUGAGUUCCCCAAGAAGCCCUCCAAACUUGAGCUCAGUGGAGUCUCAAAGAAGUCCCAGCAAUUCGAGGAUCCAUCAUGUCCCAGGAAACCCCUGCAGCCCGGGGCUGGAGAAGCCACACAAACCUCGCAGCCAGAGCCUCCUGUACUUGGCCAGAAGCUCCUGCAGCCCCAACUCAGCCACCCCACCAGACCCCCCUCAGAAGCCAAGCCGAGUGUACUACCCAAGAAAUUCCAGCAACCCGGGGCCAGCCAGGCCCCUCAGAAGCCCUCACCAGCUGAGUCUAGCACCUUCCCCAAGAAGCCUCCCCAGCCCCAAGCUGGAGGCCUCAUCAGGAAGUCCUUGCCACAGCCUCAGUUCAGCCAGGGCCCCCCACUGUCCCCUUUAAAGCCAGGGCCCAGUGAACCCCAUCCCAACUCCCCACAGCCUGACUUCAGCCCUUCUCCCAGGAAGUCCCAGCCAUCCCAGGCCAGUGGGUCCCCCAAGAAGUUCUUGCCACAGUUUGAGUCCAGUGAGGUCCCUCUGACACCCCCCUGGAAGCCUGAACCCUGUGACCCCCAAUCCCAUGCCCCCCAACAGGAAUUUAGUACAUUUCCCAAGAAGCUCCCCCAGCCAAGUGACCUCCCCAGGAAGCGCCCCCAGCCUGAGUUUGGUGACCUGGCCAGGACCUCCUCAGAGCCCCAAGUCAGUGUAAUUCCCAAGAGGCCACAACAGCUGGAGUUCAAGGUGCUUUCCAAGAAGCACCCCCAGACUGUGGUGGGUGGUAUCCCCAGGACCUCCUCUGAGCCUGAAUUCAGCUCACUCCCCAAGAAGUUUCCACAGCCUGAACAUCAGGGGUCACACCGCAAGUUCUCACAGCCUGAGCCCAAUGCUGGGUUUAAGAAACCCCCCACUCAUUCUGAGCCCUUUAGGGGUUUCCCUCAAAAGCCACCACUCCCUGGCUGGGCUUCUGAGAGCUCACUGCCUUCUGCCAUAGCAGGCUCCAGCCCUAGGUCUGGCCUGGCUGGAACCCCCCGCUGGAGGUCAGAUGAUCUUCAGGCCCAACACCCACCCCGACGGAGGCCUCUGCCACCUGCCAACAGCCUGGGAUCCCCUCCAGUCAAACCCCCACUGCCUCCUGGCCCCCUAGAUAUCCAGAGUUUUCGGAGACUGUCAGCAGCAGGCACAGCUGGAAGAGGAACCUGCUCUUCAGUUGGGAUCCAUUUCCAAGCCCAACAGCCUAAGGACAUCCCACCAGACCCCGAGGAGAUCUAUGAGUUAUACGACCAUGUGGAACCUACAGAUGACCCAGGCCCCAGGGGCAGAGAUAAAGUGGUGUCUACACAGCCAGCAACCAAGAUGCCACAAGACCCAAAGCUCAGGAAAGAGAAGGUACCAUCACAGCAGUUGCUGGCCAUGGACCCGAAGCAGCUGAAGCAGAUCAGGAAGGCAGAGAAAGCAGAGAAAGAGUUUCGGAAGAAGUUCAAGUUUGAAGGCGAAAUCGUGAUUCACACAAGAAUGAUGAUCGACCCCAAUGCUAAGACUCGGCGUGGGGGUGGCAAGCACCUGGGAAUCCGGCGUGGAGAGAUCCUGGAGGUGAUCGAGUUCACCAACAAGGAGGAGAUGCUGUGCAGGGACCCCAAGGGCAAAUAUGGCUAUGUGCCCAGGACCGCGCUCCUGCCCCUGGAAACGGAAGUAUAUGACGACGUUGGAUUUUGGGAUCCUCUGGACAACCAACCAUUUCCCAGGGCACAAUAGGCCCAAAGCUGGGACCCAGGACUACCCAGCCAGCCACCUACUAACACAGGAGCCCUGGGUCCCCCAGCUUGGCAGAGGUGGCUGCCCAGGUGCAGAGCAAUCACAUAAAGCUCCUCCUUAAAGCAAUCCUUGCUUCCUGUCUUUCCUCUCCUGUUGGACUGGCAUUCCCCAUGGAGCAGACCCCUGUGAAGCACAGGGUUGGGGGUAGGGUCUCCUCUCAGCCCUAAAGGUGAAGAGGAAGCACAUGUCCAUCCCCAGGACAAUCAGCAGCCCCAUCAGCAGGUAUCUCUGAAAGCCAUCAGGGGCCAGGUGGGGUUCCAGAUGCCCAGGGUCAUGGUACCAAGUUCACCCCAACCUCUGAUGGAAACUGCCACACUGCUUAGCAAAAAGUAGCAGACUGUGCCUGAGCCCCAGAGACAAGAGGCAGACAGGUGGCUUUCAGGGCUGUCCUACAGCCAGCCCUGCAGUCAAAGAGCCUUUGAACAAAGCUGCCAUGGGA